AUGGCUCUCACUUGCACCGACAUUCCAAAGUUUCUCUGCGCUCUGCUCCUUCCGCCAAUCGGAGUCUGGAUGGAGAAGGGAUGCACCUACCACUUGGCCAUCAACAUCCUGCUCACCAUUCUCGGAUACAUCCCAGGAAUCAUCCACGCUUGCUACGUCAUCCUCGCCUACUAA